AUUACAGUACCUAUAGCCAAGCUGCAGCUCAGCAGGGCUACAGCGCGUACGCACCUCAGCCAGCUCAAGGAUAUGCACAGACCACCCAGACAUACGGGCAGAGUUACGGAACCUACGGACAACCCACCGAGGUCAGCUACACACAGCCCCAGACGACUGCGACGUACGGGCAGACUGCGUAUGCAACGUCCUACGGGCAGCCUCCUACCGGUUACACCACGCCGACUGCCCCCCCAGCAUACAGUCAGCCCGUCCAGGGGUACGGCACAGCCGCCUACGAUACCAGCACCGCUACGGUUACCACCACCCAGGCUUCCUACGCGCCACCGUCCGCUUACGGCACCCAGCCCGCCUACCCAGCCUACGGGCAGCAGCCAGCAGCGUCCGCUCCCCCAAGACCCCAGGAUGGCAGCAAACCAGCAGAGACCAGCCAGCCGCAAUCGAGUACAACGGGCUACAGCCAGCCCAGCCUCGGCUAUGGACAGAGCAACUACAGCUAUCCGCAGGUGCCUGCCAGCUACCCCAUGCAGCCCGUCACUGCGCCGCCCUCCUAUCCUCCUACCAGCUAUUCUUCCACGCAGCCAAGCAGUUACGAUCAGAGCACUUAUUCCCAGCAAAGCACCUACGGGCAGCAGAGCAGCUACGGACAGCAGACUAGCUAUGGCCAGCAGAGUAGCUACGGGCAGCAGCCGCCGCCCCCAGCGGCAUCCUACAGCCAGGCCCCAAGCCAGUACAGCCAGCAGAGCAGCAGUUACGGCCAGCAGAGCUCGUUCCGUCAGGACCAUCCUAGCAGCAUGAAUGUGUACGGACAGGAAUCCGGAGGCUUUUCAGGCCCAGGAGAGAACCGGAAUAUGAGCGGCCCUGAUAACCGGGGCAGGGGAAGAGGGGGAUAUGAUCGCGGAGGCAUGAGCAGAGGUGGGCGGGGAGGAGGACGCGGUGGAAUGGGCAGCGCUGGAGAGCGAGGUGGCUUCAAUAAGCCUGGUGGACACAUGGAGGAAGGACCGGACCUUGACCUAGGCCCACCUCUGGACCCAGAUGAGGACUCGGACAACAGUUCCGUUUACGUGCAGGGACUCAAUGAUAACGUGACCCUGGAGGAUCUGGCAGAUUUCUUCAAACAGUGCGGUGUUGUCAAGAUGAACAAGAGGACUGGGCAGCCCAUGAUAAACCUCUACAUCGACAAAGAAACUGGCAAACCGAAAGGAGACGCCACGGUGUCUUACGAUGACCCGUCCACCGCCAAAACAGCUGUCGAGUGGUUUGAUGGGAAGGAUUUCCAGGGCAGCAAGCUCAAAGUUACCCUGGCACGGAAGAAGGGCCCGAUGAACAGCAUGCGAGGCGGGAUGCCCCCCCGAGAGCAGCGGGGAAUGCCGCCCCCGCUCCGCGGAGGUCCAGGGGGACCCGGCGGCCCAGGGGGGCCCGGUGGCCCAAGCGGCCCCAUGGGCCGGAUGGGAGGCAGAGGUGGAGACAGGGGUGGCUUUUCCUCGAGAGGACCGCGGGGGUCCCGGGGAAACCCCUCUGGCGGGAGCGUCCAGCACAGCGCUGGCGACUGGCAGCGCCCCAACCCGUGAGAAUCCCCCGCCUCGCC